CCAUGGUACACAGAGAAAAGACAACGUCUUUAGACAGCGAGAGAUGUGGUAUUGCCAAGCUGCUCCUGCAGCUGUCCCAUGAAAAGGAAGCGACUGUGUUGAUCGGGGGUAAAAAGCAAAAAAAAAAACUUGGUUAAACUUUUUUUUUUACAACGAAGGUGUUUUGAUGUGUUUUAAAGAAAAUGGGGGAUAAAUUAGAGAAGGUGCCCUUUAGUCGGAAAAGGAGAACCACUAUCUCAGGAGGGUCAAGUUUGAAAACAAAUGGCAAGAAGUCGGGUUGUGUAGAAAAUAAUGAUGAUAACAAUACUACGACCCACACCAUCAUUAACAAGACACACGUAGAGAAAACAGCACAACAGCCAGUCACUGGGAAGCCGACAAAAGAAAAGGGAAGACCUGAAGCCCUUUACGACAAACUCCGCUGCCACAGGCUGCAAGAGUCCCUGCUCAGCUCGGCCAGUGGAUACAGCAACUACAGGGGAAUCCUCAACUGGUGUGUGGUCAUGCUGGUAUUGAGCAAUGCACGCCUUUUCUUAGAAAACCUUAUAAAGUAUGGCAUAUUAGUGGAUCCAAUCCAGGUGGUUUCCCUCUUCCUAAAGGACCCAUAUAGCUGGCCUGCCCUGUGCCUUAUUAUUGUGUCCAAUCUAUUUAUACUAGUGGCUUUGUACAUUGAGAAAAGGCUGUCAGUGGGUUUUGUCUCAGAGAGGGUUGGUUUUUUACUUCACUUCUUCAACCUCUCCAUGAUCCUCUGCUUCCCUGUGGCUGUUGUGUUGCUGGUCAGUUCCAUGACUCCAGUUGGUGGUGUGUUUGCACUGACAGUCUACACAAUCCUGUUCCUCAAGCUGUACUCCUACAAAGAUGUGAAUAAGUGGUGCAGAGAAAUCAGACAGGCUAAAGCUCGCACUCUGGCCCGAUCACAGUCAUUCCCAAUGUCCCACAAAGCUAAUGGUGAUGCAGUGCAGGCCCAUGUGACGUAUCCAGGAAACCUCAAACACAGAGAUUUAUAUUACUUCAUAUUUGCGCCAACUCUCUGCUAUGAACUCAAUUUUCCACGGUCCCCUCGCAUACGGAAGCGCUUUCUGCUACGGAGGCUUUUUGAGAUGCUUUUCUUUAUACAGCUGUUGGUGGGAUUAAUACAACAGUGGAUGGUUCCAACAAUUCAAAAUUCUAUGAAGCCAUUUCAGGACAUGAAUUAUUCAAGGAUUAUAGAGCGUCUCUUGAAGCUUGCUGUCCCCAAUCACUUAAUCUGGCUGAUCUUCUUCUACUGGUUUUUCCACUCGUCGAUGAAUUUCGUGGCUGAGCUCAUGCAGUUUGGAGACAGGGAGUUCUACAGAGACUGGUGGAACUCCGAGACUGUCACCUACUUCUGGCAGAACUGGAAUAUUCCCGUCCACAAGUGGUGCAUUAGACACUUCUACAAACCUAUUCUGAAGAGAGGCACAAGUAAAUGGGCAGCACAAACAGCAGUUUUCCUGGCUUCAGCUUUCUUUCAUGAGUAUCUGGUCAGUGUUCCUCUGAAGAUGUUCCGACCAUGGGCAUUUAUGGGCAUGAUGUCUCAGAUUCCCCUGGCCUGGUUUGUGGGCAGGUUUCUGAGGGGCAACUAUGGCAAUGCUGCAGUCUGGAUUUCCCUCAUCAUUGGGCAGCCUAUAGCAGUGCUGAUGUAUGUUCAUGACUACUAUAUCCUGAACUACGAGGAAACCCCAUCGGCAGGAAUGGCUUGACAGCCAUAAAUAGAAAAGAGGAAGAUGGGAUCAGGAACCAGGUAUCAUCUGGAGGCUGCGAAGAUGCCCUUAAACACAGGUGCAAGAACAAUAAUGCCUUGUAUAUUGUUUUCUAUUUUAAACAGGAAGGGGGGGGAUAAAUAUUUUUGGACAUUUAAUUGUGGAGGGUAAAUGUGUUAUCCUUUAAAAGAGGAGCAUCAAUGGAGCACAGUGGGUACUUGUUUGUUGAGAUGGAUCAUUGAGUUUUAUUUGCUUCUGUCCUGCUGCAAACACUUACUAGCCAAAGCAAGCUCUUGGUGUGUGUCCUGUAUUUUUAUGGCUUUUUCGGUUAUUUUUACUACUUUUGAUUUAAACAAUAAAAGUGCCCUCAUUAAACCUGAGGAAAAAAUCAUGUUUUUCUUUUAUAUAGUGUAAAACACUGUCUCUUGACAUGCUCAGGAUGGAGGAACAUAUUCAUAACGGGUGGGAAGGUCUGUAAAUCUGUGUGGAAUACAUUACCUAAAGUGGAAAGCAUGCAGUACCGGCACCAGCUUUCCUUUGAGAACCGGUUAUUUCAGGAAUGCUGGUUGCUGGCAGGUUUAACUGGUGUGAAUACUGUCAGUGUGGUCCUUCCACUUAACAUUCUGGUGAUCUAAUGAUCCAACAAGUCUCCAAUGCAAAUGUGCUGUAUAUAUAUUCCCAUUUUCUAAUGAUCUCAAUAAGUAGUCACAAUGGGUCAAUUGCAGCGUACCAAAUUUAGUCAAUUUGAUGUGUCUAACUAGUGCAUUAAGCAGGUUUAGUCCACUUGAUUGGACUAAAGUUAGUACACCUUCUAAUCCCAAUUGCAGUGUACCAGAAGGUAAUCAAUCCACAGGUAGACCAUCUGCUAAAUCAGACUAAACAAGAUCCUGAUUGCAGCAGCGUGCCAAAUCAGAUCCGUGAUGAUCCUGUUCAAAGUGGAUCAACUCAGUACUGUGAAGGAUGAGAAAAAGAUGAGACUAACUUAAUAUAUAUAUAAAGGCCCUACAUUUUGAAAAUAAACUUUUUAAUCAUGUACCUUUGAUACCAUUUUUCAGUUUAACGCAAUACAAUUUCAGUUAAUAUGCUUUAACUAUAAACAACUAAUGGUCCAUUAUCACGCAAUUAAACAUUUCUGUGGCUAUGCUGCAGUGUCAGCAGCUUAAAUGCAAGUACAGACAGAUCUGCCAGUUAGAAAUGUGCACGAAAUGACAUGACAUUUUAUUUUUACUUAAAUGUUUGAUGUAAUAAAAAUGCAUCUUUCUUUUUUGUACAGGGAUCCCUUUAUAUAUUAAUCUGACACUGAAUACCACAUAUCAGAUUAGUAAAGAAGGGUUUAUACAGCUAUAGUUUUAGGAUUGAGAAUUAAAAAAAAAAAAAAAAAAACGAUAUUGACGUAAUUUAGAUAUUUUAUUCAACGUCAUAUAGUCAAAGAAACUACAAAAUGAUAUUGCAGAAGUUUACCGGAAGGCUAAUAGUAGUGUUUCAUGUUAGAUUUUGAAAUGUCACAUUUUUUAAUUUGUCUGUUUUUUGUAUAUGGAAAAACUACACUGGUAUGUAAUUUAAUAUAUUAACGUAACAUUAUUUAACAGGUUUCAUUCGACUUUAUGAAGCAAAAUGUAUUAAUUCUAUAGGGUGAUGCAAAACUUUUGGCCAUGGCUGUAGGUUAGUCUCCAUUAUCAGUCUAACUUGUUCCAACCAGUUAAACCAGUUACCGCGAUCAUCUGCUUGGUACCCUGCAAUCAGGACUAAAUUAGUACAGAUUUGCAGGAUUUUCUAGUCUGCAUUUUAGUCCACUUGGUGGACUGAAUCACUGGUAUGCUGCAAUUGACCCAAUAAGACUAUCUGUGGGGUUUUUUUUCUGGAUAUAUUUAUUUUAAAUUGACACUGCAAGUUACUCCAUUUUAAACCACUGCAUGUUUUUAUAAAGGGUCAAUGUUAAUGCACUGGACUCUCCAAUCUUUAAAAUGUUAAACUGAUGGAUAAAAAGUGAAUGUAUAACUGAGUAGAUCUGGCACCUUAAUCUGUUUUUAUUGUGAUUUUUCUUUCUUUUUUUAAUAUACUUGUUUUGUAAAUUUAGAUAUUUGGGAUUUUUGUUUUCAAUUUUUUUUUGUACUUGUGGAAUAAAUGCUUGCCUUUUUGAGUAACAGUUUUCAGUAAGUUUUAUAAAAUACAAACCUCUGUGUUUAGGAACUAAAGUUACUGUAUUUUCAAAAUGUUCAGUUUAGAUAUCAAGUCUCCCUGAGGUAUGUAGUGUUGUACCAAUGGGUUUAAAGUAAAUAAAAUAAAUACUCGGUGCACACAAAUCCAUAUUUUGGCAACACUUCUGUUUUAUCACUUUGUUUUAUACAUGGUACAGGGCAGUGGUGGCCAAACUUCCUGACCCUGCGAGCCGCAUACCAAAAGUUUCAUAUGGUUGAGAGCCGCAAGACACAUACUGUAAAACAUGACGUGUACGAGCAAGACAUUUUAAAUACUAGCAUGGUUUAAAAAUGUGUAAUUCUCUCAAACACAAGGGAAUCUUGCACUUAGUCUGUGCAGUAGUUGUUAUCUCGAUUGAAGUAAACUACACAAGAACAAGGGAUAGAACUGUGUAAUUGUUAUUGUACUGUAGAUUUACAGUGUAUUAAACUUUAAAUGUAA